AUGGAACAAAUAUGUAUUGUAGCUCUUAUUGGAUUACCUGCUGCCGGAAAAACGAGUUUCAGUAAAUUACUGUUAGAAACUGAAAAUGUGCCCUUCUCCAUAUUGCAUAUUUGCUUUGACAAUUUUCUUAAGUGCUCAGAUGAUAACGCAACCUCCUAUAGAUUGCAGCGUGAAGAGGUCCUCAAAUUUUUGGCCGAUACCAUUGAAUCGUUAAAAAACAUCAAUGAGCUUGUUGCUAACAUACCUAAUUUGAAGUACUGCUCCUAUAGGGACUGUGGCUCCAGACAGCUCUUAAUUGUUUGUGAUGAUAACAAUUACUAUGCUAGUAUGCGAUAUAAGCUUUUUCAAAUUGCCCGAAAAUUCUGUAUAUCAUAUGGGCAAAUAUAUUUUGAAUGUAAUUUGGCAACAACUAUGGAACGCAAUGCUUCGCGUGAUGCAUCUGUACGCAUCCCGGAAAAUGUAUUUCAUAAAAUGGUACUUAAUCUAGAAUGCCCAGAUGUACAGAAAAACUACUGGGAAGAAAAUACUUUUACUUUGCAUACCGAAGAUUGUCUUAAGCAACAGUUUAUUUUUUCAAAUAUAAUACGAUUUUUAAAUAAACUUUUCGAUAAUCCCUUAAAACCUACAGAAGCAAAUAGUAAACAUGCUCCAACUAAGCAAUCACUGGUACAUGAUUUGGAUUUAGUAAUGAGAAAGCGAAUAGGCAGUUCUGUUAAUGCCAUAGCCAAAUGCAACAAAGGAAGACUUGCUUUUGAGUUAAACAAUAAACGCAAAGAAAUACUAAAAGAAUUUCAAGACAACACAGAGGACGAAGUUUCCGAUUUUCAUAAAUACCUUGGACUAUUCGAAGAAAGCCUAGAGGGUAUAGAAACCACAUUUCUCAAUCUCUAAUAUGAAAAACUGAAACUUAACAAGGCAAACGAACUUAGAAAUGAAAGCUUUUCAUUUGGGAUGUUUAAAUGCUUUUAUUUGGAGUACAUAGAUAUAAACUACAUAUUAAUAAACGGUUAUUUCUAAAAUUCAUUUAUACAUGAAUUUAUAUUUUUAUAUGUAUGUAUAUAUGUUCUUAUGUUACCCUUUUUAAUAGUUCUAAUAAUUUGAAGUACAAACUAGAAAUGAGAGCAACUACAAAAUACAACAAUAUUUAUAAACAAAGUGGGUCACCUUACUCGAA